GGGGCAGUGCUGCCAACGCCCCUGCGGAGAAGCUGAGGUCAUCAUUGAACUUGAAAUAUUUAAAGUGGAUACAAAACUGUUUCAGCAAUGCAGACAAUUAAGUGUGUUGUUGUGGGCGACAGUGCAGUUGGUAAAACAUGUCUCCUGAUAUCCUACACAACAAACAAAUUUCCAUCGGAGUAUGUACUGACUGUUUUUGACAACUAUGCAGUCACAGUUAUGAUUGGUGGAGAGCCAUAUACUCUUGGACUUUUUGAUACUGCAGGGCAAGAGGAUUAUGACAGAUUACGACCACUGAGUUAUCCACAAACAGAUGUAUUUCUAGUCUGUUUUUCAGUGGUCUCUCCAUCCUCAUUUGAAAAUGUGAAGAAGUGGGUGCCUGAGAUAACUCACCACUGUCCAAGGACUCCUUUCUUGCUUGUUGGGACCCAAAUUGAUCUCCGAGAUGACCCCUCUACAAUUGAGAAACUUGCCAAGAACACACAGAAGCCCAUCACUCCAGAGACGGCCGAGAAGCUGGCCCGUGACCCUCUGGCGGUCAAGAACGUGGAGUGCUCUGCACUCACACAGAAAGGCCUGAAGAAUGUAUUUGACGAAGCAAUAUUGGCUGCCCUGGAGCCUCCAGAACCGAAGAAGACCCGCAGUCAUUGUCUUAUAUGCUUAGCAUAGAUGUCCAGCCUAAUAGCUUGUGAUACGGUGUUCUGGAACACAGCCGGAGACCCGGUGAACCGAGGAGAUGUGAGGGAGGUGCUGGAAGACAGGUGUUGUGGAACGCUGCGCGUCCUCCUGGAAGUUGGGAGGAUGGAGACCUGCUUCAUGAAGAAGCUGGGGUGGGGGUGGGGGUGGGGAGAACAUUUAACAACGUGGGGACCAGUCAAGGGAAUCCCCAUAUUUCUGUUUUGCAUAUGAGGAACCCUAGAGUAGCUAGUUAAGGCUCUCUAGUUUAAUU